AUGAGCAAUCACGUCAGUGAUAUACCUGGUAGUCCGGAAGAGAGCUACAAGAUGAUGUAUAGCUAUUUGUACAUGUUAGAGCAAGUGAAUCCAGGAACAAAAACUUGUGUGAAAUUUGAUGAUGCAAGUAGAUUCAAGUACCUCUUCAUAGCUUUGGGAGCUUGCAUUGAAGGGUUUGCAUUUAUGAGGAAAGUGAUAGAUGUGGAUGCGGCAUGGAUGAAGAACAUAUAUGGAGGUGUUCUAGUUUUCGCGAAAGCUCAAGAUCCUAAUGGUCAUAGUUAUCCACUUACGUUUGCAGUACUAGAUGGUGAGAAUCUUACUAGUUGGACUUGGUUUUUCGAGAUGCUUAAAAGUGUUAUACCAGACUCUUCUGAACUGGUUUUCAUGAGUGAAAGAAAUCAGAGCCUGAUCUUCGCUAUAGGAAACGUGUUUCCACAGGCUCACCAUGGGCAUUGUUUAUGGCAUUUGAAGAAAAAAGUGAAAUGGCAUGCUUGUAACGUCAACAAGAAUAUAGUCGGGCAUAGAUUUAUGGAGUUGGGCAGAUAUUACACGGUGGGUGACUUCAACUCUUCUUACGGCUCAUUUAAGAAUAUAUAUCCUGCUGUGUACAAGUAUGUGAAGGAACAUACUGAAAAGGACAAAUGGACAAGGGUUUUUUUCCCACGUGACAGGUACAACUUCGAUACAAGCAACAAUGUGGAAUCAAUGAAGAGCGUGUUUAAAGAGGCAACGAGAUCAAUCGGUACAAGACUGGUGCCUGUGGUUGAGAACUACUUGCACGAUCUAUGGGCUGUUGCACAACAGCUAUCUGUACGGGAGCGUAAUAGUUAUGAGCUUAAGUACGAGAUCACUGACACUGCAGGAAGAUGUUUUGGGCGAGCUUGGUUGGAAAAUCUUGUACUUGCAAGCCGCCUUAAUAUCCAUGAGCUGUGCUCAAAAUACUACUGGACGGAACUGUGGGCUUUGGCGUAUGACAGGACACUUUAUGUUGUGCCCGACAUGUCUUCUUGGAAUGUACCGGAUCAGAUCAAGGAGGUGAAGAUCAUACCUCCGGAUCGUAUCACGAGGAAGGGAAAGAAAAGAGUUAAAACUACUUAA